CUUACUGUUAUUGAAUUUUGGAAUAUUAUUGUUUGUUUUUAUUCGAUUUUUGUUGUGUAUUCGUACUAUUUGUGCUAAUUGCGUUAUUGUUUCCACAAUGGGGGACACCGUUGGUGUGUUGUCACAAUAUUUUGUGCGUUUAGCAUCGUUUCAAGGACUGUUAAAUGAUAAUCAAGCGAGUGACAGCGACUGUCAACAAACACAUGUUGGAAAUAAUAAAAAACAAACGGUUUUUGUAAGUGACAGAACAUCGUUUAUAAAGUUAGCAAGAGCCGGAUUUUAUUAUGCCGGACCUGUUGAAGGUAUUCAGUGUUUUGUUUGCAAAUCGAAAGCAAGAUAUAGAAAUUGGCAUAAGGAAUCUCCAGUUGCUGUCCACCGAAUAUUGAAUCCAUACUGUCCAUUUCUUCAAUCGGAAUCAUCGUUUUGUUCAAGGGAAAGUAAUUCUACCGCCAUACAGUCACCAACAACUGAUGGUCUUGUAUCAAAUCAUUGUUGUACAAAUAGUCAACAGCCAGAUAGUCCUACACAGUUGCAGGAAGCCGGUGACAUUAGAGGUGAUGUUCCAAAUCCCAUUCAACCAGAUGAAACACCUCCAAAUAGUGGCACUAAUGAGAAUACAACAUUGCAUUCAAUGAAUAGUGUUCGCAGAAAUUUAUUCUCUACAAGUCCUGCCAGUAACGUUGAUGAGAAUUCAACCAACAUAAUACAUAACCCAGCAAAUUAUAAUAUCCGAUCUAGGUCCCAAUGGUCAGAUCAUGUUGAAGAAUAUACAGGACGAAUUAUACAUCCUAGAAUCGGUGACAAGGUUUUCAAUGCUUACGAAUCAUUUCGUAUUCUUACAUUUCCUAAUCCCCAAGAUGAAAAAGCUGCAGAAUGGGCUGUCGAUGGUUUUGUUUACAUUGGCAACGACAAUGUUCAAUGUGUUUAUUGUGCAGGAGUGACAUCAUAUCAAGAACAAUUAAACAUCAGAGAUAUCCAUGAAAAAAUCUCACCAAAAGGUCGUUAUUAUUGUCCAAUGAUCAGUGGAAUCGAUGUCGGAAAUGUGUCAAGAAAAUUAGAAGAGUUAGUGAGAAAGAAGUUGAUUGAUAAAAACAACAGACCUAGAAAUAUAAAAAAUAAUUUCCCUGUUCUACAUCCACAGUUUAGUAAAACAGAAGAAAGAUUAGCAUCUUUUAGGCAUUGGCCAAAACAAUAUAAACCAACCAAAAUACAGUUAACAGAGGCAGGAUUCUUCUAUACAGGUGUAGUAACAAAAGUUGUAUGUUUUUGUUGUGGUAUAUCUGUUAGAGAUUGGGAACCAACAGCUGAACCAUGGCAGCAACAUGCUUUAAUAUCACCAACAUGUUCAUUUAUAAAACUUAUAAAAGGUGAAGAAUUUAUUCAACAAAUGGCAGCAAUACAGCAACUGGUUGAAGUUGAUCCAUUAGUGACAGAACCAGUAACAUCAAUAGGAGAAUUAAAUAUACCUGAUCCGUACCCUCCAACAUUGAAUACAACUCUACUAGCAGCUUAUAGUACAUGUGGAAGAUAUCCAAGUGUUGAGAUGUUAAAAGCUGCUGUUUUAGCUGAUGGUGAAUUAAAGAAACAUGUUGACAUGUUAGAUCUAAAAGAUGGAGUUAUACAGACUAAAGAUAAACAGUUAGAUAACUUAGAUCAGGUGAUGACUGUUAAAGACCAGUAUUACAAGGCUACUGUAGCUUCUCUUAAUCAGCAUCAUAAUAUUAUCAUUGAUUGUAAAGAACAGGAACUGAACCAACAGAGUCAACAACUGAACCAACAGAGUCAACAACUGAACCAAGCCAGUGAACAACUGAACCAAGCCAGUGAACAACUGAACCAUAAAGAUCAACAACUGAACCAUAAAGAUCAACAACUGAACCAUAAAGAUCAACAACUGAACCAACAGAGUCAACAAUUGAACCAUUAUCGCUGCACCAAACGUCAACUAAGACAACACAUCAGAGAAAAGGAUGAGCAUAUUGACAACUUGUCAAACAGAUUACAGAUGGCUGUUGACAGACAUAAAACAAGGGAAGAUAACUUACAACAACAAAUAUAUUUACAUCAGACUGAAUUAGAAACACAGAGAACUCAAUUACAGGCUGAUAUAGAGAAAUAUGAGGAAGAGUUAUCUACCUUAGUUAUAGAAUUCACCAGAUUGAGAUCUACAGUUAAUAACAGAGAAAAUCAACAAGAAAAUCAACCUGACCCUCUCACACAAACAGCAAAUAGAGAUGAUGAUGAUGAUGAUGAUGAUGUUAUUUAUAUAGCGCAGGUGCACACAUAG